AUGGCCUACGAUAGAUAUGCUGCUAUCUGCAAACCUCUCCAUUAUGUACAAAUUAUGAACAAAGCAUGUUGUAGAUGGCUGGUGGGUGGUGCCUUGGUAGUGGCUUUUUCAUAUGCUUCGAUGAAUACAUUUCCUGCUUUGAAGUUGGAUUUCUGUGGAAAAUGCUUUAUCAGGCAUUUCAGUUGUGAAUUUACAUCUGUACUUGCCUUAUCUUGUACAGACACAAUCUUCAAUUUGACACUAUUACUCAUAACUAGUGGUAUCGUUGCUAUGUCUUCAUUCACUGUGAUUCUUUUUUCCUACAUUCACAUCAUCUCUACUAUCUUGAAGUUGAAUUCCCCAGAAGCAAAAAGAAAAACUUUCUCUACAUGCAGUGCUCAUCUUAUUGUUGUGGCUUUGUAUUAUAUCACUGGAUGCUUUAGGUAUAUGAGGCCCAAUUCAGUCUCCUCAGUUAUUGUGGAUGGGCUUUUCUCCAUUCAGUAUAGUAUUUACACACCCAUGCACCCUUAUCUACAGCCUGAAAAACAGGGAAGUGAAAGAAGCCAUCAAAAAGCUAAUGGGUAG